AUGCCUGCUGUACAUGGGGAUUUAGCGUCUAUGGUGAUGCCUGCGGACCAGGAGCUGCUACCAGAUAUCUACCCUCGGCAGGUUACCCUUCGCGAUCGCGUUACGGUCGCGACCCUGGUACCUUUUAUGUCGCCCGAUGAUGUGCCCCCGUCUCUGUUGGGCUACCUAUCAGACCAAUUAAAUAGUGAGAUUGAGAAGGGCGACACCUAUGCUAUGAUUGACCCUAUUCCGUACAAUGAGUUUAAGCACUAUUGGUUCUCUAACUUCGGUGCUAUCAUGCUCCUCGGGGAUAUCAAGCAUACACAGGAUGUCAAAGCCAUGGACAGGCCGGGAAUGAAUUGGCCCAAGAUCUGUCUGGGCAGCUUUACCGUCAGACCAAACUACCCUGGCCGUAGUAGUCAUAUCUGCAAUAGCAUGUUCCUUGUCACCGAUGCCUCUCGGAAUCGAGGUGUGGGCCGACUGAUGGGGGAAGGAUACCUAGAAUGGGCUCCAAAACUGGUCAGUACCAACUGCACUGAUGAAUUCCUCCGUGAACGCUCUGGGUAUACAUAUGCCAUGUUCAACAUAGUCUAUGAGAGUAAUGUUGCCUCCUGUCGCCUUUGGGAUUCUUUAGGGUUCAAACGGAUCGGAAGAAUACCAGGAGGUGGUAGACUCGCCUCGAAUCCCGGACAGUAUGUGGAUGCGAUCAUAUACGGCCGAGAUUUGGGGCCCGAGGGUGAGGACGCUGUUACUCAGGAUCGCUUUGACAAGAUCCGGUAUUAUCUGAAGCAUUCAAAAUACCCUAGGGGCGCCGACAGGGCCGAGAAGAGCCGGCUUAGAAGUGCAGCAACCCACUAUAAGCUGAUUGGGGGGCAAGAUGGUGAAACCGAGAAGCUGAUGCUGAAAGACAAAGAGGUAGUGUCGGAUCCACAACAGCAGUAUGAUAUCGCUCGGGAGAUGCAUGUUCAGCAGCAUGCCGGCAUCAAUAAGACUACAGCCGCCAUUGCAGUCAAGUACCAUUGGGUCCGGAUCAAGGAAACCGUAAGCAGGGUCAUCCGAGAUUGUCCCCAGUGCAAGGAGACACUCAAAUCGCCCUUAGCCAACGGACUCUUCAAGAAUGAUGAUAUGAUAGAGGAGGAGGAUCAAACAAGCAGCCGCGAGAGCGAGCCUAGUAUGCCAACCAGCGAGAACAUGGGAGCAAACUCGCUCAUGGACCAUGUAUCUCUGGAUGCCCAUCAAAGCCAGAACCCUUUUGUCACCACCCAUCCAUCCGUUGUUCCGGGAUCAGUAGAUUCCAUCAGCGACUACGUCAUGCCUCUCGACCCCCAAAUCAUUGAUAUUCACCAGCAACUUCCCAGAUUCCAAACCCAUGAUGCUAUGACCGACCCUUACACGCACGGCCCUCAUGGUUUGUCUAGCUCUCACUUUGAUGAUGAUGUGCGACAUCAUGCUGCGAGUGAUUACCAUAUGAUGGUUGAUGACCCAUCUGAUCCAGAUCCUGGAUCGGCGCUUCAUCAGGAUGCACUUGGGCUAGUACAUUCACAAGUAGGUGAUGUGCAUCACCACGAACAGAUACUGGCCAAGUAUCAGUAUGUAGGACAACCAGAUGAUGACUUGGACUUUACGUGA